AUGGUUAGGGGACAACGAAUCCAAUUAAAGAUUUGGGAUAAUGUAUUUCUUGAUUAUUCAAGACAAAUAGACCUACUUGCUGAUUCUACUAAGCCUUUUGGUAUAGUUGUUACUUCAACAAUGGUCAAAUAUUUUAAUGGGAAAAUUAGUCUAAAUACUUCUACAUCAACCAAAAUUUAUAUUGAUCUUCAAAUUUCUGAGGUUGAUGAAUUGAAAUCUUUAUGGAGUGAGAAGUUAGAUAAUGCUACCAUUGGAAAACUUGAAAUUCAACAUAUCAACAUUGGACUGGAAGAAAUCAACUCUAAAAAAGUUGAUAUUUUAACGCUUACGAAUCAUGAUUUGAUCUUCUAUUGCAUGGCUAAAGUGGAUACAAUUAUGAGUGAAAAUAGUUGGUAUUAUAUCUUAUGCCCAACAUGUAAAAGACGUAUCACUCCAAGAAAAACAGAUUUUUGGUGCAUUCCUUGUGAGAAACAAAUUGAAAGGCCCACCCCAAGAUAUCGAUUGGAGCUUAGUGUUAUCGAUCAUAGUGGAUCAACAAUAUUUGUAGUUUUUGAUGAAGAAGCUAAGAAACUAAUAGGACAAGAUGCAAGUACUCUUUUUGAGGCUCAUACUUAUGAAAAGAAUAAAGAUGUCAUAAAAGAUAAUGAAGAUACUUCAAAAGAUGAAGCUACAGUCAUUGAAGAAACCGCAAAACGCCCUUUUAAUAAUAUCGAUUCAACGGAAAAGGAUCACGAUUCAUCCAACCAAAUCACAUCAAAGAAGAUAAAGGUUUAG